AUGAGCGAAGAGGUUUUAAGCACUACUCCGCUAUGGAGAUAUGUGACUAAGAAGGAUAAAGUUAAAGGUGGUGGUAAUUGGAAUUUUGUAUGUAACCACUGUCAAGUUCCAUAUUCGGGUUCAUAUUCAAGAGUGAAAGCACAUUUGUUAAAGAUUUCAGGCUCUGGAAUUAGAAUAUGUCCAAAGGUCAGAGAACAUAAACUUCAGGAAAUGAAACAAUUGAGUGAUGAAGCUGAGGCCAGAGCAAAAGCAUCUAAGUUUAAAAGUGUGCCUCUGCCAACAUGUGGAUCAGGUAGUGGUUCUUCUUUUGCGUCAAAUUCUUCAUCACUUGUUGAAGAUCCUAGGAAGAAGAAAAUAGGGGUUGAGAGCCCAAUAGAGAAAUUGUAUAAUGCUGCCAGACGUGAAGAAAUGGAUAACAUAAUUGCACGGUUGUUUUAUGCAGCUGGCUUGCCAUUCCAUCUUGCUAGGUGUCCAUAUUAUAAAGUUGCAUUUAAUUUGGCUACAUCAGAUAGUAAAAGCAUUCAAGGUUAUAUUCCGCCGGGUUAUAAUAAACUAAGAACAACUCUUUUACGGAAGGAAAGAGAACAUGUUGAGAAAGAGGUAGAACCAAUUAAGAGCACUUGGAAAGAAAAAGGUGUGAGUAUUGUGACCGAUGGAUGGACCGACGAACAACGAAGACCCCUCAUGAACUUUAUGGCUGUUUCAGAGGCUGGUGCAAUGUUUAUUAAAGCAGUCAACACUCAAGGGUCAGUGAAGGACAAAGAGUACAUUUCUAAGUUGAUCAUUGAGACAAUUACGGAAGUUGGGCAUCAGAAUAUCGUGCAAGUAAUCACGGACAAUGCACCAGUUUGUAAGAGUGCAGGGCUACUUGUAGAAGGUCAGUUUAAACACAUUUUUUGGACUCCAUGUGUAGUCCACACACUAAACCUUGCUAUAAAGAAUAUAUGUCAUCCGAGAGAUAUUCGAACUAAUGUUUUAGUAUAUGAAGGGUGUGCUUGGAUUAGUGAAAUUAUUGCUGAGGUGGUACUGAUCAGAAACUUCAUCACUAAACAUUUCAUGAGAUUAGCCAUGUUUAAUGAACAUGUGGAGUUAAAAUUAUUCACACUUGCAGAGACAGGUUUUGCCUCUAGUAUUAUAAUGCUUCAAAGAUUUAAAGAUGUGAAGCAAGGACUCCGUAACUUGUAUGUUAUUGAUUUUACAAAACCUAUCAUAGAAAUGCUUAGAUUAUGCGACACAGACGAGCCUUGUCUUCACUUGGUUUAUGAAAGGUGGGAUCGAAUGAUAGAUGAGGUAAAGAGCAUUAUACAUCCCCACGAGGGCUUACAAGAAUAUGAUAUUUCACCAUUUCAUAUGGUGGUGGACGGGAUUUUAACAGAUCGUUGGAGUAAAAGUAGCACACCACUUCACUCUUUGGCACAUUCAUUGAACCCAAGGUAUUAUAGUCGUCAGUGGCUUGAUGAACGUCCAGGGUGUGUUCCACCACAUAGAUAUCUUUUGAUUGCAGGUCAAAGAUUGAAGUGUUUCGAGAGGUAUUAUGAUGCGGAUGAGUUAAGAGAAGUUAACAUUGAGUAUGCUAAGUUUUUAUCUUGCCGUGAAGAAUUUGCAAAUGCAAAUACCAUAAAUGAUAGAUGGAGUAUGAAUCCUUAUGUGUGGUGGGUUACUUAUGGGGUGUAUGCUCCUUUACUUCAGCAAAAAGCACUCAUGUUGCUUGGCCAACCUUGUUCAUCUUCUUGUAGUGAGAGAAACUGGAGUACGUAUAGUUUCAUAAAUUCUGUGAAGAGAAAUAAAAUUACUCCACAAAGAGGUGAAGAUUUGGUAUUUGUUCAUACUAAUCUUCGUCUCUUAUCAAGACGAAGCCCAGAAUACUUACUAGGGAAUACAAGAAUGUGGGACAUUGGAGGUGAUUCUUUUGAUACUAUGGAGGGUAUUGUUGGUGUACUUGAAGUUGCUGAUCUUUCUCUUAAUGAGCCAGAGAUGGAACGCAUGAUAUUGGAUGAUAAUGAAUCUAAUGUGGAGGAGCUAUACCCCCUGGUUUGA